AUGAGAGAAAAAUAGUUCUUUAUCAAAUAUAGAUAUGCGAGACAUGAAGAAGAAGUUAGCAUUAGAUUAGAUGAUGAAAAUUAUUAGUGGCAUUUAAUAGAUUUAAGCGAUCACAUAAACGAAGGUGAAAUAACUAUUCUUACUUUCGAUAUGCUUGUAGAGUUACUUAAAAAUGAUAAUGCAAAGUUCUAAGAAAACAACAUAAAGUUAAAAAAUGACAUAUAUUGGAUCACUAUUGGCGAAAACAAUUUUGGAAUAGAUUUCACAAUAGAUGAGGAAGAGUAAAUAGAAACAGAAAUUAUUCUUCUUUUGGAGUAGUAAAAAGGAGAUCUGCAAGUAUUUUAAGAAAAUGAAGUUAUUUAAAAUUUAUUUAAGAGCAUGGAGUAAAUAAAUAUAAAAGUAGAUAAAAUUUAAUAGAGACAGAACGAUAUGUUAAGAUUUUUUUAAUAUGAUAAUGAGAUUUAUCUGAAAGAUAUAAUGGAAGAAACAUUAAAUAAUUAGAUAGAAAGGCAAAGAGAUUUAGUUAAUAAUUUAGUUUAAACUACUUUAAGUACAUUAAAUGACUAUUACAAUGCUCUUGCAGUAUAAAUAUAAUAGGUAGAAAAUAAAUAAAAUUAACCUAUGCAUUUUACGGGAAUGAUACCAAGAAGUUAAAGUUUUAGUGCAUCUUAGUAGUUUAUGGAGUAGAGUUUUUAGUUUAAGCCUCAACAUAACCAUUUAGCUAAUUCAUAAUAAAAUUUUAAUAUAAAUAUGCAGAGUAGUGAGCCAAGACAUUAGUUUAAUAGCUCGCUCAUUUAGCAAAGUAUUGAUUUUGACUUUAAAAAGCAAGAAACAAAGGAAAGUUUAUUCAGCAAUGAAAUGAAUAAAUAGCAAUCCUAACAUAUGAAAGAAUUUGAGACAGAAUAAACAUCCUAAAAUUAAAAAUAGGUAAUAAAUAUGUUUGGAAAUUUGAUAAAAGAUGAUGAAACUCGUAAUAAAGCUAAUUCUAAUCUAUCUGACUAGAAUUUAACUUCUAUAGUUCACAUAGAUUCAAAGAAGAUGCAAACAUCAAGCAUAUUUAACAAUAAUGGAUUAUAGAGCAAAAGUGAUAGCUAGAAAAAUCAAGAGAACUCCCUGAUGAUUAACAACGUGCAAGGCUCUUUAACUGACAUUGAUAACAAAGAAAAACCAAUAUUUUAAAUUAAAAUUCCAAGCAAUCCUAAAGAUAGCAAAGAAAACGAAGAAUUAGGAUCUUCUACAGUAAAAGCUCCAAUAUUAUUUUCUAAUAUACCUCAAGAUGAUGCUCCUGAGAUUGAUUUCUUUAAGAACAUUGUCAAACCUGUUCCCAAUAAGGUUAUUACGAUUUCUUAGCCUAAUUCAUCUGAAGCUUAAGCAAAGGCAAAUGAUAUAGACCAGCUUUAAAAUAAAAAAAAAAUAUCAUCAGGCAGUAAUUUAAGUUCGAACAUUCCAAAUAAAGUUCUUGGGCAAAACUCUAUAAAUUCUAAAAAUAGACCAAGCCAUAUAUCACCUGAUCCUUAACAAUUCUAAACAUCUAGCAACAAACCCUCACAUGACGCUUAAGGAGAUAGUUCUUCUUCUAUUAGUUUCAUGAAAAAUAAAAUACCUAAUUCCACUCAUUUAUUACCUAACAAAGAAAAUAAAAGUAUAGAAGGAUAGGUUAGAAAACCAGUAUUAAGAGAUUAUUAAAGAAGAAACAGUAAAUUUAGAAAUUCUUCUGAUAAUAGCAAACUUUUUUAAAGCUAAAAUUCAGGUGGAAAUUCCAAUCCUGGUUUAAAAGGAAAAACCUCUAAUAUGACAGAUAUGACAAUUAUGUACAGUGAACCUAUAGUAAAAUUAUAAAUUUAGGCUACUUAGUAAACAGGGGCUUAACAGUAGUAUUUACCUGCAGGAGAUCCUGUUGAUUAUGAAUAAGAAAUUCAAAAACUAAAUGAAUUUUUAAAAGAAACAAAUAAAUAAAUAAAAUUAGAUAUUGUUGUAGCAAGUUUAGAUAAUUUGGAAAAGGCAUUCAACAGAAACACUUAAAUAUUACAUAUUAUGUGUCAUGGAGAUUAUUCUGAUAAAGAAUAGCAAUAUUACCUUGCCUUUGAAGAUGAGGAAUCAAAGCUCGAUGCUAUUACAAGCAAGAGAUUUUCUGAAUUUUUAAAGUAAAAAAAUUGUAAUGUUAAACUUGUUUUUUUUAAUGCUUGUCACUCUGAGGAAGUAGGAAAAAUUUUUUAUGAAGCUGGAAUUCCAUUUGUAAUUGCAGUUUAAUCUGAUUUGAAAAUUGAAGAUAAAGCAGCUUUAACCUUUUCAAGUAGCUUUUAUAUGAAUAUCUUUUCAGGCCGAUCUGUUUUAGAAUCAUUUGAAAGUGCUAAAAUAUCCUUACAAGCUAAAUAAUAUGAAGGUUGCUUUACUUGUUGCUGUGCGCAUUCUCAUGACUAAAAUUGCUUAUGGUUUGAAGAAGCUAUGAAUAAUGGUUUUGAUAAGGCACAUGAAUAGCACUUACCUUAACCGAAAUGCAAAUGUCCUAAUUCUAAGAAAAUGAUACAUGAAUACACUUGUGAAUGGGCAAACGAUUUUCUUAAAAAAUAUAAAGAUAACUAUGAAGACUAUUAUGAAGAGGUAAUACAGAAUAAUGAACCACUAUUUGUUUGCUGUUGCCACGGAUCAGAAACUCCUCAUGACGAGUCACUUAAAUUUAGAUUAAUUAAAAGAGAAGACUAAGAAGAUUAAAAAAUAAUGUCAGACUUGCCUGAAGGAAAUAUUAUAGAAAAAAGCAAUCUUGAUUUUAAUCAUCCGAUCUUCUAAGACCAAAGCAAAAUAUUUGGAAGGAAUAUGGAAAUCUUUAAAAUCUAUAAAGCUUUUAUGAAUAAUACUAAAAUAAAAUUCAGAUUUGUUGCUCUUCAUGGAGAUUUAGGUACAGGAAAAACUGCUGUUGCAAAAAAAGUAGCAAGGCACCUUAAAGAAAGAGGGCAAGUAGUUGAGAUUAUUUUUGAAGAUUUUGAAAGAAUGAAAACAAAAAUUACAAAAUUUGAAUAAAAAAUGAGACUUGGGUAUCAUACAAAGGAAGUGGCAUAUAGUCACUUAAAGGAUAAAAAGGUUUUGUUUAUUCUUGAUAACUGUGAUGAUUUGAUAAAAAACAAUAGAUUUAAAUUCGAAACAACAAUAAACGAGUUAGCUUAAAAUACUACAGCUAAAUUUUUAAUUAUUUCUCAUGAAAAGUUUGAUUUAAAACUUGGUUAAGGCUAAAUUCCAUAAAUCACUCUUGGAAACCUAAGUGAUUUUUAUGUAAAAUAACUAAUAGAAUUCUAUGCAGGAGAUACCAUUCGUGAGCACUCAAAUAACCCUUAAUUCAAUGAAUAAUUGUCAGAAUUAAUUAAAAUUAUGCCAAAAUCACCUAAAUCCAUAAUGGAAGCCCUUUAAAAUAUAAGUGAAAAUAUGGACAUUUCUCAAAUAUUAACAUCACUGAAAAAUAACUAAAUUAAUGAAAGACAAAAAGACUUUACUGCUUUCAACCUUUUAAUGAAAGAUUUAAGACAGACAAACUAAUAAGCCUACGAUAUGCUUUUGUUAAUUAGUCUAUUUCCUCAUGGUGUAAGUAUAGAAGAUUUAAAAUUUUUAGAAAAAAAGAAAAAAAUACCACAUGAUUGGGUAAAACUGAUGGAAUGUUUGACUCUUUAUACAAAUGAAAUAGCAGCCAAUAGGACAUCAGAAUUAGCUCAGCAUGAAAUACCUGAAAUCAGUGGGUUAAAGAGAAUGCAGAGUAAGAGGCUCACAAUAUUUUAGUAAUUAAAAUAAGAAGAAGACAAUAUGGAAGAAGAUGAUUUCGAUAAUGAUUAACAACACGAAGAAUUUUAUCGAUAUAAGAAAUUUAAAAAUGGAUAAUAUUUCUGGAUGAGUGUUUCUCGUAAGUUCGAUGUAGUUGUAUUUAGGAUUAAAAAAUUUGUUGUCGAAUAGCUCAAGUAAUAAGAAUACAGAUAAGAUUUAUUUCAUAAAGAGAUUCUGAUUUUAGAGUAUCUUUCUAUAUUUUCUAGAAAACUACUUCAUAAUUUAAAAGAAAAAUCUCAUCAUUAAGAAAGAAUAAUUGAGUACUGCUCCUUAAGUCAUUCUGGCUUGUAUGGAGUUCAUUACAUACCUUAGCAUUAACUCCACAAAAUUUCAUAAUGUUAAUCAAUGAAAUCUAAUAAAGUGCAAGAAACUGGUGAAUCAGAUAAUGAAUAUUACGAUACUACACCUGAAAAUCUUCAUAGCAACGCUAGAGGUUUCAGUGAAGAUAAGAAAAUAAGUGUCGUCCAUAGAGAUUCGGUUAAUUUAGAGAAAAAAUUGUCAGAUAAGACUGAGUAGAAAUUAUUUUCAUCAUUAACUCCCAUUGAUGUAUUUAAAUUGCAUGAGGGAAACUUUUACUCGUAUCUAAACGUAGAAGAUCAUAGAUAAAUCAUUGCUCAUAUUAACAGUAAGCAAUGUGAUGAGAAGCAAAAGUAAAAAAUGAAGAAGCAUAUCUAAGAUUUAUGUGUAAAUAUACCUUCAAUUCAUAAACUAUUAGAUGAACUUUCUACUAGUGAAGAGCAGUGCGUAUAAGCUGAGUAAGUCAUAGAAGAAUUACUUAAAAACCAUUAAAACUUUUAGUUCUUAGUAGCAAAAUCAAAACUUUUGUUUCUCAAAAUAUCUUUGUACAUUGAAAAGUUUUCAUCAGACCACAUGAAUAAUUCGAUAGAAGAUGUUAUUCAUAGAGAUGAAAUAGAGAGUUUUUAUGAAGAAGUAGAUAAAAAGUUUACUGAAUUUGAUAAAAAUGAAGUUUUUAUAGAAUUGAUGGAUAUAGAGAAGCAGUUUGUUGUGUUUUACUUGAUAUUUGUAUCUUUUAAAAAAAAUAAAGAAAAUGAGCUUUCUCAUACAUUUGAAUAAAUUCUUAAAAUACCCAAAGAUCCUAGAUUUAAUGGAGUUAAAGGCAAAGUAAAUCUAAUUCUUGAAAGUCUUAUACCUAAGCUUUUGCUGAGAAUAAAAGAACUUAAGAAAAAAGAAGAAUCUAUUGAUGAAGAUAAAAAAGAUAUAAAAAUGGGUCCUGAUUGUUUAAAUAUUUUAGAAAGCAAGCUAAUUUUGUUGAACUCUCUAUUUGAACUUGAAUUCAAUACAUAAUUCUAGCUCAGAUUCUAAGAACUCGAACAAGCUAUCAAAGUUUUCGAAAGUAAUGGUCUUAACAGCUUAAUGAUUCAAGCCACAGUAGUUUACUGCAAGAAAAAGCUCAAUGGCCUCAAAAACUCAAGAGAUACUUAAAAUCUAAUUAAAUUGAAAAAAGAUAUGAUUGACCCUGCUUUAAAUAAUUCUAAAAUAUGGAAAUUAACUAGCUUAGAGGCUGAUUGCAAGAAAAUAUUAGGUGAAAUUAACGAUCAACUACAUCACAUUAGUUCUAAUGUUUUCUAAUUUAUGAGAGCUGCUCCAAUAAUAUAUUAAGAUAAAAAAACUCCCUACGGACAUAUCAUACGCUUAAAUUAGUCAUUUAAAAGAAGAAUAACAGAUGUGCUAAGCAAGUUAGGAAAGGAACUUAAUCUCAAAUUCGAAAUAUAGACUAUAAAACAUUUUAAAGAAUGUCUAUAAAGAGGUUCUAAAUUUAUGUGCAUCACUUGCGAUGAUGUGGAAGAAGAUGGUAUUAUUGUUGAGGAAGAUUAGCUUCCUUUGAUGAGAAAGUAUAAAGAAAAUGAAAUGGAAGAAUACUAUAAAUAACAUUAUGAGGAAUUUGGUUAAAUAGAAAUUCUAAUGCUUUGCACUCCUAAUGGUUUAAAAUUAAAAGAGAUGUUUUUUAGAAUUAUUGAUAAAGUAAAUGAUUCAAUUAAAAAAAUGUAAAACAACCCUGAUAAAAAAUAGACAAAAUCUAAAUCCACAGACGAAUACAAAGAUCAAGUAGACAGAGAUUCUGAACUAAGAAGAAGACCAACUAUUAUUGCUUUUUAAUUCAAAUCUAUCAAAAAGUAUACAAGGCCUCAUUUUGGAAGAAGACCCACGAUAAUGAACCCAAGCUAUCAAGAAAAAGAAAAUGGAGAUCAAAGUAAUACUAGUAAGAAAAAUAAGAAAUAAGGAUUAAGCAAAAACACUAAGGAAUAGGAAUUCAGCAACGAAAUAGAAGAGGAUGAAUAUGAAGAUUUUUAUUUAUAUUAUUUAAGAGAGUUUGCCAUUCAAUAAUUCUAGUUUGAAUUUCUCACUUAAUUAUUAUCAGAUCGACCUGAUCCCAAUCCUUAAUCGCAUAUUAGGAGAGCGUUUAAUUAUGCCAAACAAAAAAUGGUAGAAGCUACUAUUACAGUAUGUUCUGAAGACAUAAGGGAUGAGUAGACUUUUGAAUAAAUUCUUGGAAAAGGCCCUGAUCUCUUUUUAUCAGAUGACUGGAUGGAUGCCAAAUACGAAUUCAGAAAGGGUUAAAUUAUUGAUAUAACAUCUGAACGUCCUCCUUAAAAUUUAAACAGAAAUUUCCUCAGAAUCUCUGGAAGAAAGCAAGAUAUUUAUAUAAUUUUGUAAAAAAUUCAAGAAAGCUGUGUAAAUAUAUACGGACAAGUUGGAAUAGGAAAAACAAUAGUGGCUUAACAAAUUGCUUACUUUACUUUUACUAGAAAUACUUUCUGCGAUGGCGUAUAUUACUUUAGUCUUAAAGACCUCCCAAACCAUAAUUACGAUUUACGAAAUUUGAUGUCGUCCUUACUUGGUUUGUAAUUCAGCUAAGAUGUGUGUGAGUAUUUCUAAAAUUAAAAAAAGAUGCUACUUAUUUUCGAUGAUUUUGACAUUAUUAUUAACAGUUUUAAUCCCUCUAACGAUUAUAAAAUUAAAUUUUUUGAGUAUUUAUUCUUCUAUAUUAACAAAUUUGAUAUUCACUACAUUCUUGUUACUCAAAAGUCUCUUCGCCCUACUUUAGAGUAAAAGAACUGUCCCCUUAGUUGUAUAAAAUCUAAUAUGCAUUAUCAUGAAAUAAAACUUUUUUCAAGAAAAGAAUCACUAAACUUUUUAGAUUCCUUACUAGACCUAGAACAAAUUAAUAUCAAAAAAGUUCUUGAGAAUAGAAAAUAAUUUGAAAAAAUCUAUAAAAAAGCGUAGGGAAAUCCUAAAAAAUUGAUAGAAUAAUAUUGCAAAAAGUUUGGUAAUCCUAAAAUUCCAAAAUAAUUUUAUUCAAGUAUUUAACAACCAAACAUGAUGUUAUAGACACAAUCUACUUUAAAUAUCAGUCCAUUUACUUAGCAGAUUAGCAAUAUUCCUGGAGCACACAAUACUGUUUAUUAAACGAGAAAAAAGCCUAUGAUUACAAAUUAAAAAUCAAGAGAAUUUAUUUCAAAUCAUCCUACUUAAAUUUAAGUACCACCUCUUAAUAUGAUGUAAGUAAAUUAACAUAAUACAAACUUUAGUUCAAGUUUAAUAUCUACAUCACAUCCUAAUAGUGCAAGACAAAAUUAUAUAACCAACUAUUCUGGUGAAUAAAACUAGUAUUAUAACUAAUUCUAAAUGGAAUCAAGUCUUCCAAAUAGCUAAGUUUUUAACUAAGAGCAUUAGUUUUAUUCAACCAAAAAUUAACAGUAAUAGAAAAGCUAAACUUAACUCCACUCAAAUUAUUAUCAUUACAAUAAAUUAAAUUAAAAUACUUCUUAAUCAAUGAUAAUUGGGAAUAAUAUGGAAAGUUCUAACACAUCGAUUUUGUAUAAUUAAUAACCAUCUUAAAUAGUAAAUCAAUAUGCAGAAAAGAAGUAGAGCUCUUUAACCUCUCAUUAAGCUCAUUAAAACAAUAAAUAAAAUCUCCUUAAGAUCACUUCAAGCGGCCUUAUGAAAAAUCAUGAUUAUUCAAAACUUAAGAACUCUAGAAAUUUACUUUCAUAAUCGAGUUUGCAUGACUAUCAUAGCUAACACCAUACUCAAUUCUAACAUUCUAAUAGUGGAUAUGUAACAAAUUAGUAAUUCCCCCAUAAUCCUUAGAUCCACCAUUCUUCUUUUUCUGGUUCCAGCCACUAACAUCAUAUGUCGCAUCCAAACAUGUCUAAAAAUAUGAUUCAAGAAAUUAACUCAAGCAGUAGCACUGGAAAUACACCAUAAAUGGUUCCUACUAACAUUUAAAAUAUUGCUUUAUUUUAGUAAUUUGGUAACAGUAGCUAACACAAAAAAUCUUUUGCUCAUUCUUCUGCUCACUAAGCUUAAUUGAAUAGCAAGAAUGAACAACAAAAGUCAAGCUCUAAGGAUGCCAGGAUACACUCACUAAGUAGAAGAAAUAAGGUAGAAAACAGUUAAAUAAUUGUAUAAAGUGAUCCUGAAGUUAAUAAAACUAGCUAUUCUAAUGAGGCUAUUAAUUUUUAGGUCCCGAAAGAUCAAGCUAAUAGCGAUACCUCAUAUUACCAUAAAAAUUCAGAUUAUAAUUAAUUUGGAUAGGAAGAUAUUUUUUAGAACUAAGAUUACCAACUUGAACUAGGAUAAGAUGAAUAUGAAGAAAGAAUGCAUAAAAGAGAGCCUAGUGGCAAUCAUAUUAGUGCCAGAAAUCAGUAUUAAAGUUAAUAAAGUAAUGGAUCAUUUGUUAAUCUUACUUAAGAUAAUUUGUAAAACAGUUAAUCAAAUCUAAAUAAUAGCAUAAUGCUAGGGUCUAACAAUAAUGGUACUUCAAAUAGAAAAUUGAAAAAGUCCUAAAAGAAGAGUGUUAAAUAUUAAGAUAAGCAUAUUCAAGAAGAAAUUCAACAAUGCUUAAGCUUAGAUGAUGAAGAUUAUGACGAUGAGGAAUUCUCAAAUAACUAAUAUACUGAUAAAACCUAAGAAAGAGAUUUAGAAAAAUUAGAAGGUUCUGAUUUUCUAAAAGAACUUUUUGGAUAAAGUAAAACUGAAAUUUAAGGUGAAAGUUUAUCUAAUAGUUAAUCUUAAUCAGUGAGGUAAACAAAAAAUAGUAGCAGUGCUCAGAAUUUGAAGACGUCGUUAUACUCAAAUGAAUAAAAUUAUUCAAGUAAUGGAAUUCCAUUUGAAUAUUAAGUAAACAAUAUUGAAGAGGAAGAUGAAACAAAGUCAGAUGAUGAAUUUAUAAAUUAAUUAGAAAUGUAAAAAGAAUAAGAGAUAAAUUAGACAAAAUAGAAGAAAAAAGAUGAAGAAAUAAUUACAGAAGAAACAAAAGAAUAUAUUCAAUCUUCUCUUGCUAUAUAAUCAGAAGUCCCUCAAAUCUAGAAAGAUAUGUCCUUUGAGUUAUCAAAAGGAGGGAAUUUUGCAAACCUAUAGGAUAUGGUUUCUUCUACAAAUACUGAGAAAUGCAGAUUAGAUGAUUCUCUUAGCUAAGAAUUAAAGUCAGGUAGAUCUUCGAGCAAAUAAAAAUCUAAAAAAUCCACUUAAAUUCAUCAUGAAUUUGUAGAAGAGGAGUAUUUACCUUAAAAAGUCUAAGAUGAAGAGAAAGAAUAACAUUCAAAUCAUGGAACUCACAGAAAUCAUCAUCAUCAUAAUCAUAAUCAUCACAAUUAGCAUGGUCAUCACUAAUCUCAUGUCAAUAAAAAUUAAAAAUUCUAAGUAGAUGAAAGCGAAAAAUUAUCCAGCGAAGAAGAUGGUUAUCAAGAAGAAGAUGAAGAAGGAGAGCUUAAUGAAGAUGAUGAUAUUGAUGAAAUGUAAUCAAAGUAUUAAUAUACUUAGAAUAUUUUCUUUGAUAAAAAUGAAUUAAGAGUUUAAGACGAUGAUAUAGAUGAUAAACCUUCGCUUAAAAGUCAACCGAAUAGAGAAAAUAAUUAACAUAGAACACCAGAUAAAAGUUUGAUAAUAUUGCCUUAUUAAUAAAUAAGCCAUUAAGGUAGUUUGAACUCUCCACCUAUAAUACCUAUUUCUCCAAGUCAAAAUAUUCUUCAUUAAUAUUCCCACCAUCUCCACCACCAUUAGUCCAUCCCUCAUCAUUUACCAACUACAUUUAUUUAGCAAAGCUAUACUUCUACUCCUUAAAAUCACCCUCAUGCUUAGUCUCCUAAUUCUUAUCCGUACUCAUAGCAUAAAAAACAAAAUAAACCUUCGUUAAAAGAAGCAUAUACUGAAAGACAAAAUCAUCAACAAGUUAAUAUUAGUAUGAUAAGUAAUAUUUCAAGCUAAAGAGGCACUUUUGAUUUUACUGAUUAGAUUUCUUCUGUAAAAUAAAAGUCUAAUUAAUCACUUCCCUCAUUUUUGUAAAUAUAGAAAAGUGAUUCGUAAAGUUCAAAGGCUACAAUUCAAAGUGCAGGCAGUUAAAAUGAUAGACAAAAUAUGAAAAUGAUUUCUUAAAUGCAACUUAAUAAUAACAAUUUUUCAGACUAAAUACAUAAAAAAUAAAACAACAAAAAGAAGGUAAAUUAAACAGGAAAGUAAGCAUAAAUAUUUAAUAAGAAAAAAAAGAACAAAUAUAACGAAUAUAAAAACAAUAACAAUCAAGCCAACAAAUCUAGUUCUAAUUAAGAAGAUGAUGAAGAUGAUUGA